UUUUCUCGAUCUUUUUCAGCAUCGAAAUCGAACCUAAUCGUGGACAUCGAGCCAAAACGACCGACGGCCGUUCGAUUGGGCGAGAGUCUGCAAAUUUUGUGCAGAGUGGGUAGACCGCUUCGGGUGUGCCGUGUCGAGAUACCUGGCGAGGAAAGUGGUAUAGUGUUGUCGAAGGGACAACCGCCCGAGGACGGUAUCGAGUAUUACGGAGAGGGGACAGAGGCGGGCCAAUGCGGUGUUCGCAUAGCUAAGAUCAAGGAAAGCCACGACGGGAUAUUCAAAUGCACCCUGACCACAACCGACAGUCGAUCGGAGGAGCAGGCAUCCAUGAGGAUCAUCGUGGCCAAACCGCCGAAUAAUCCAGAGCUUCACACUAGUCCAGGAUCGGAUGGAAGAAAUAUAUAUAGGAAGGGAGAAAAAUUGGAAGUGAGUUGCAGCGCGCCAGGCGGACGACCAGCGGCCAACGUUUCUUUGUUCCUCGACGACGAGCCAAUCGGGAACGAGGAAAGGCCUACGAUUUACGACUCGAACGUGGACGACAAUUCACUGGCCGUGCAAAAUGCAUCGCGCGCCUUGGACUGGAUCGACAAUGGGAAAGUUCUUCGAUGCGUCGCCGGUCACAUUGCCCUCGAUCGGCCCAGAACAACUAUGCAACUGCAGGUCCACUAUCCUCCUCAACCUCAGUCAACGAUUGAACGAUUUGGAUACGUGAUUGGACGGCAGGGAAUCGUGAACGUGACCGUUUACGCGAAUCCUAGGCCGCGUUUUUUAUGGCGAGUGAACAAUGAGAUGAUCAACGAGGGACGUCCAGAUGAAAGCAAUCGACUCGAAACAUCGACCGCUGUUGAUCUGGGAAGAGGAGCGUGGAGCGUAAUCCUGACGAUCGACAGUGUGCAAAAAUCCGACACGGAGAAGGAAUAUAUCUUGGAAGCCCGGAACGGCGAAGGAGCUUACGAAUAUCGUAUCAUUUUGUCGACAGCCACAGAACCUGCAGGGCCGUUCGGUCACUUCUAUGGUAAGCUCUCCGAACACAUGCACGCACUAGGCGUCGAUUUAGAUGCUGGUUCUAUCAUCGGAAUCGUGGUCGGAGCCCUGGUGCUACUUCUCAUCGUUUUCAUACUAAUUUUUGCCCGUGCGACCGGACGCUGGUGCUUCGCAGGUAACACGACGUCUAGGAAUCUUGGCGAGUCGAAAUCGCGCAGAAUCAAAGACUUUGCGGAUCCGGCAGCGAGCGUUAAUCUACUUCGUUUUGAGAAAUCGAUAAGCCAAGACGAAACGCAAAGAAGUGAUACGGAAAGUGCCGGCCGCUAUUCCAGAACGGAAGUGGAUGGAUCUCGAGAAGAACGGAAAUCGAGAAUCAGCCUGUCUAGCUUAUUUAAACGCAAUAAGGAUAAAGUGUCUGGCGCUGACACCGACACCAUGAGAACUGUCGUUACAGUCGAUGAUGAGAAGCAUCAAACAGCACCAAUUGCCCAAGAUGCUGCUAAAUCAACCACGGACGAAGGAGGAAUAGUUUAUGCCGAAUUGGAUUUGACGCAACAGCAACAAAAUGUUCCGAUUCGGCAUCUGAACGAGGACAAAACGGAAUACGCCGAGAUCUUAUACACGAAACCAUCUACGGAGGAACAACAGUCACCCAAGGAGUAAAAUUCGUUCGCGCGAGAGAAAAAAAUUUUGCGAAACAAUCACAAAUUUUUAUGUUUUUUCUUCUUUCCUUUUUUUUUUCGUGAUUAACACACAUUUGUUACGUUAUUAUUUCGAUCCUUUUCAGUGUACGAUAAUCGUCCUUUAUCGUAUAUUUAGAUUUUCUACGUUUUUUUUAACUUAUUCUUAAUACGAAAUGUGAGUGUACGGUGCGGAUAAGAAAGAUAGUUUAAUAAGAAAGAUAGUAAUAAAAAUGAUUGUAGUACUUAAAAAUAUUAAACACCGUAUGGUUGCAUCCGACUGAGAAGGAUCUAAACGAUCUACUUAACGUUUCUUUUUUUUUAUUAUUAUUAUUAUUAUUAUUAUUAUUAUUAUUUUUACAAAUUAUUUUUAAGUUAUUUUAAAUAAUUUUAAAUACUAAACGUACACAAGGACAUCGAAACGUCGACGAUCGAAGAGGAAUUCCAUUUUUCAUAGAUUACGCGAAAGUAAAAUCGAGAUGUAAAAUUACGAAAACUACGAAAGUAUUUCUAAAAAUUUUAAAAAUCAAAAAAAAAAGAGAUUUUUUAACUCCAUUACACAGUUUGGUACAAUCAAAAUCGGAACACUUCUCCUUUUUGCUUCCAAUUAAAUCCUUUCAUACUCGUAGAGAAUCGUUUUAAAUUUAUUCGUAGGAAGCCACGAGUUCAUCGCGAGCUUGAAUUUUAAGGUAGAAAAAGAACGAGCCUACUGGUGUUUAAUCCGGUAACGUAUAUACCUACAUAAAUACAUUCGUUACAUUAUUAAACCGUUUUUGCCUUCUGAUACUCGUCCAUUGCCCGUUACAAGAUUGAGAAAGAUCGAAGGUUGAAAGCAAGCAAGUUUGAGCAAGGAAAAAUAAAAUAUACAGCACCUCGUGCGAAAAAAAAAAUCAAAUGAUUAACGCGGCAUCGUAAAAGUGCAUUUUCAAUGCAACGAUUAAAACCUGAUUUAUUUCUUUCGUGUCGUUGGGGUACUUGGGGAAAAGGUCAAGAAUUCCAUAGAAUUUCGCGUAAUAAACGAAGCUGAAUAAUCGAUCGAACAAUUGACGAACUUUAGAAAUUAAUCACUUGAAUA